UCCCCAACUCCUUAUAUAUGGGCUCUUUCCCACCGUCUCUUGGAUUCUAAAAGUAUAUGCACAGCAAGAAACAUUCAAACAGUUGAAGGAGAAACAAACAUGGGAAUCUGUGCAUCCAUUUCAUCUUCAGUUAUACAUGAUGAUACUUAUGGCCACGAAAAUGCUGUGUACUAUAGAGGGACUAUAAGUCUCAAUGCAAAUGAAUCACAAAGAAUUGGCUCUACAUAUUCUCACACAGGAAGCAAAGGUUUAAAUCAAGACUCUGCUAUUUUGUUCGAGGGAUAUGGGAUUGAAGAUGGAGCUUUUGGUGCAGUGUUUGAUGGGCAUGGCAAAAAUGGGCACAUAGUGAGCAAAAUAGUUCGAAACCGGUUACCUUCUUUGCUUCUCAGCCAGAGAAAUGGGAUAGCAAAGAUUAGCCCUUCAGGAGUGAGCACUAAACAGAGUGAGAGACUGGAAAGUGAUCAAUCAGGACCAAGCAAGAAUUUCCUUAAAUGGAAAGAGGCUUGUGUUAGUGCAUUCAAAGUGAUGGACAAGGAAAUCAAGCUUCUUGACAGUUUGGACUGCUCUUGCAGUGGAACAACUGCUGCCGUUGUUGUCAAGCAGGGUGAAGAUCUUGUUAUCGCGAAUCUUGGAGAUUCUAGGGCUGUUCUAGGAACAAGAACUGAGAAUGGGAUCAGGGCUGUGCAAUUAACCACUGAUUCCAAGCCUGGAGUAACCUCUGAAGCAGAGAGAAUAAGAAAGUUCAAAGGGAGGGUAUUUGCACUGAAAGAAGAACCCCACAUUCAAAGAGUGUGGCUGCCAUAUGAUGAUUCUCCCGGGCUGGCCAUGUCUCGGGCUUUUGGAGAUUUCGUGCUCAAGAAUCAUGGCAUAAUUGCUAUCCCUGAUGUCUCUUAUCACUGUGUAUCUCCUAAUGAUCAGUUUCUUGUACUGGCUAGUGAUGGGGUGUGGGAUGUGCUAAGCAACGAUGAAGUUGUGUCCAUAGUUUCCGUAGUAAGAAGUGAAGAGGCAGCAGCAAAGGCAGUGGUGGAUGCUGCAGUUGCUUCAUGGAAACACAAGUUUCCCAACUCAAAGAGAGAUGAUUGCACAGUUAUUUGUCUCUUCCUGCAAAUGAAACCGACAUGAUAUUCAAACCUUAUAGAAUUGAGAGAAUUUAACUUCUUGAUUUUGAGUAUAACCCAGGGGUUUGGUACAAAAAUCUUGAAGUCACUUGGCUGUGACAGAAUUAGUUGUUUGGCGCUUGGUGUGAGACUAUAUACCUGUAAAAUGGCUGCAGCUGGGAUUGGUGGAAUGGAAGAGUAAAAAUUAUAUAAGGAAUAAGAUUAAGAUUGCCCAUUCUCAUUUCAA